AUGGACGACACCGCCGUCGAGCUCAAUGAGUUGUUUGGCUCGCCAAAUGCCGCACUACCGCAAGAUGUUCUCCUCGAACUACAGUCGCUCCUCCGUCUGCACUCCAUCUCUGCCCAGGAACUCUUCUACAAAUGGGAGUCGUACAGCAUUAAGAUGGGCCCUGACACCAUCCUAACUCUCAAAACCGCGCGCGACUUCAAGAAGGAUAUUCAAGAUACUCUGGAAAGGGAGAACCGGGCGAAGGCCGCCCAUGGAAGAUCGGACAAAAGGACUGCUGCUUCGACCCGCGCCGCCGCAGGUAAUGCCGAUGUCUUCGGAGUGCUUGAUGGUAUUUUCCCUAGCACGCCUCAUGGCGCUUCGCGUACCCAGGUGAAUGGCAGCGCAGCGAAGAGAAAAUCGACCUUCGAGUCCCCGGCUGCAAAGGCCACCAAAAGCAAUAUCCAGAGCUCCCCUCAGACUCCGCUCGCGGCAAAUGGAGCUGGUGCAGCAGCGACCUCCUUCGCGGACCGCCCGAAUGCCGGCCAGAUCAUGGAGACGCUGAAUGGCCAGAUUCCUUUGCCCGAGCCUCCUACCGAGUCCCCCGCAGAGCCUCGCAUCAAGCUCAAAGCGAAUACAGAGCUUGCCAAGUUUGCAUACAAGACAAUGGCUAUGAAACUUUCAGAGGCCUCGGAGAUUCUAGAUGACCGCAUCGACGAGUUCCUGCAAAUCGUUCAAGAACAUCACGAACUUGAGGAUGGUGCCUUCGGCAAUCCGGCGAGUCAGAGCACGAGUGAGAUUGUUGCUGUUGGGCGGAUUGCUUCCGACAGUAGUGAGGGCAAACUAAACGCUGCCUCGCUCGUAUUGGAAACGUCAAGACGGACCGGAGCAGGCCUUAGAGUACCGCUGCGAGUCGACAAUCUGCCAAGCUACAGCUUCUUUCCUGGCCAGAUUGUAGCAGUGCGAGGCAGUAACCCAGCGGGCUCGUUCUUCAUGGCGAAAGAACUCCUCGAAAUCCCGCUGCUAGGACCUGCUGCCUCUACCCCUUCGGAACUCGAUCUAGCUAACGCCCGUCUCGCUUCCACAGGAGACAUGGACGUCGAUGACUCUGAGACUCCGACGAGGCCACUGGGUAUUAUGGUUGCCUCUGGACCCUACACACCAGGCCAUGUUCUCGACUUUGCUGCCUUCCAUGCCCUCAUCGAGACAGUACUCGAGUCCCGCCCAGACGUCCUCGUCCUUAAUGGCCCCUUCCUUGACAUCGAACACCCUUCUAUCAUCAACGGUGACUUCGACAUCCCCGACAAUGCCAUCCCCAACCCGGACAAGGCCACGCUCAAAGACGUCUUCCGCUACCACAUCUCGAACCCCCUCAACCACCUCGCCUCGCAGCACCCCAGUAUCACCAUCAUUAUCCAGCUCUCUGUUCGUGACGCCAUAGCGAAGCAUGUUUCUUUCCCACAAGACCGUGCCAAGCGCCAGGAGUUCGGCCUACCGCGGCAAGCCAGCAUCGUAACCAAUCCCGUCACCAUCACCAUCAACGAGAUUGUCGUUGGCAUCACCAGUCUAGAUAUCCUCGACAUGCUGCGCCGCGAGGAGUGUGUCAGCGAGAAGGCGAAGAUGACAAACGCCAUGGCCCGUUGGAGCGCCAACAUCAUCUCCCAACGCUCUUUCUGCCCUGUUUUCCCGCCCACUGCGCGAGAGGCUUACCCCAAGAUCGAUGCGGAUAGGGAUGGUGCCGCGGCAGGCCAGGAGGAUGAGGAGGUGGAUCUACUGCCCGUUGGUGCGGUGCUAGACACGAGUUAUUUGAAGCUGGCGGAGUGGUUGAACGUACGGCCGGAUGUGCUGAUUACACCUUCGGCCUUGACCCCAUUCGCGAAGGUUAUCAAUUCAGUUGUUAUACUCAACCCUGGCACAUUGAGCAAGAAGCGUGGCCCAGGCACUUUUGCGCGGAUGACCAUUCUACCGGCUACCGUCACUGAUGAGGAAAGAGAGGAGAAUGAUGUCGUUGCGCAUAAAUUAUUCGAACGGUCGAGAGUGGAUAUAGUGCACGUUUAG